GGGAGCACUCGGGGUGGGAUGACUGUUGCUCUGUAUCUGGUCCGUAGGCGUCGUCCUGUUUGGGCAUCAGCAACCCGCGCCGGCACGUGACCUCGCCGCAUAUGCCCCACGGGAUCCGAUCAGCCACUCGGUCUUCAAAAUCCCUCUUUGACCAAGCAUCUCACCCAACUCAGUCCUUCCCGCCGGGAUUUACGGUUCUCACCGGCUCCACGACCAGUCCCUCCAGACAGACAUCUCACGGCUUGCCCAUUUUUGCUCCGUCCUUGACAACUUUGUCCGCCAUGGCUCCUUCAAAGUGGGAUGAUGAAGAGGAGGAGAGGAGCGUCAGCCCCCCUCCUGUGGCUGCCCGCCGUAAGUUCGACGACGAAGAGGAUGAGGAUGUCCUUGACUCCUGGGAUGCCGCCGAAGACUCCGAGGUAGAGCGCGAGAAGGCUGCCAAGGCCGCGGAGGCCAAGGCGAAGGCUGAUGCCGAGGCCGCUGCGAACAAGAAGAGCAAGGCAACCCGGAUACAGGAGCGCAAGGCCACAAGGAAGGCGCAGGCCGACGCGGAUGCUGAAGACGAGAGCGAAGAGGACGAGGCUGAGCGCAGAGCCCGUCUUGCGAAGACCGAGAAGGACGCCGAUCUCAAACACGCCGAGGACCUCUUUGGCGAUAUCGACCUGAACCGUAUGCGCAACCGCGGCGCCCCCAAGGCCGUCGUCAUCAGCGACUCGGCCGACCCGACCUCGUCGGUCGAUCUCUCCGCCAUGCCUCUCUUCAAGCCCGCUACCAAGGACCAGUUCGCCCGCGUCACCUCCACCCUCAUCCCCCUGUUGACUGUGCAGUCCAAGAAGCCGCAGUAUGCCAUCUGGGCGCAGGAGUUCGUCAAGCAGCUCGUCAAGGAUCUGUCCAGCCAGGAUGUCAAGAAAAUUGCCUCCUCGUUGUCGACCCUCAGCAACGAGAAGAUGAAGGAGGAGCGUGCCGCCGAUAAGGGCAACAAGAAGAGCAAGGCCGCCAAGACCAAGGUUUCCCUGGUCACGACCAGAGAGAACCAGGUCGAUUCCACCUCUUACGAUGACGAUGGACUGGGUGAUGAUGACUUCAUGUGAUCUUGUUGACUUCUGUUCCUCUUCAUUUCCAGUAUCUUUCUUCGCUUACACACCACACCUUUUCCCUUCCCCUGUUCUUGCAUUUUUCUUUGCUAGACCGGUCCUUACAUGUUUCUGACAUGUUCAUCUUUGUAUAUCCGUCUUAAAACGUUUCCCCCCUUUUCCAGCAUAUUUCUUUACUUGCUUUCACAUACGGCUUUUGAUAUAUCUUUCGUAUAUCUGGUAGCAUAUUCUUAUCGCGCGAGUACAGAGACUGCAGACUGCUUUGCUUGAAAUUGCUCGUUCCAUCAUCUGCAGAUUGGGCGGUUACAGCGCGGAUCCUUUUCG